CGCUCAACAUUUAUUUCGGCUGAAACGUUUCGCGUGCCUUCAAAAAAAAAAAAGAAUUGUGAAAACAAAAAAAAACUAUAUAUAAAUUGAAGCAUUAGGCAAAAUUAUUACUAAAGUUUUUGAAAGUGCAGUGAAAACGAAAUAUGAUUAAUUAGCAAAUGAGGCAAAAAUCAUUCGUUUAUAAAUAUUGUAGCAAAGCGCGUUGCAUGUGAGGGAAAGAUUUUCGCCGCGCGUUUUUGAAUCGCUCGCAACGCGACACAAAACGCGCGCGUUUUCGGUACAUUUUGCGGAAGCUUCGAAAAUAGUAGAAAAAGUGAAAAACUUUUUUAAUCAGCAAGUCCAUUGCAUAAAUUAAGUGGCUGCCAAAUCUCUUCGCGGUUUUCUAUUGUGAAAAUGGAAAUGACAGCAUCGGAGUCGCGCCAGCUGGAGGCGAUUUUUAUCGCCACGCCGCCCUGCACACCUCUCGUCACCUCUCUAACCCGCACGACAACGCCGCGCGAUCUACCAACCAUGUAUCAUUUUGAUUUUGCUACGAUGGAAUCUGACGGUGCGGAUGAUGAUAAAGAGCCAGUUGGCCCACCGCCGGGUCCACUGACCACGGGCAUGUCUGAGACUAUUUUGGAGCAGGGAGCUAUUAGCACUGAUCUAACACCCUGUCCGAACUGCAGUCGCACCUUCAAUCUGAAUGCACUCCGCAAGCAUGUUGUCGUUUGCGAGAAGAUGACUACCAAAAAGCGUAAGAUAUUCGAUUCAUCACGUCAGCGUCGCGAGGGCACCUCUCUGUCCACCUAUGUGCUGCCCAAGAAUUUUGGCCUGCCCAAUGCAGAAAAGGCUCCGGGUGUGCAUACGCCACCGGCAGCCAGUCGCGAGGCUUCCACAAUGUCCAGCGGCUCGCAGCCACAAGAGGCUUCACCAUUGCCGACACGCCGUAAAGGCAAAGCGGAUACGGCACGCGCCUCCCUGCGCAAAGGUGCUGGGGCCACUGCAGCUGCUGCUGAGCAUCCUGCAGCAGCAGCACCAGCUGCCCCAGCUGCAGCCGCUCCACCACGUUCCAUAACUAAACGCCUUAAGGACUCCGCCUCGGACCGUUGUCCGCAUUGUGAGCGCAGCUUCAAUCCCAAGGCCUACGAUCGGCACGUUGAGUGGUGCAAGGAGAAGGCGAUUCAGGCAAACAUCAAGUCCAACAGCACCACAGAGACGAACAAGGCCAAGGAGCGCAUGGAGGCGCGCAAGCAGUACCGCCCGCCUAAUCUCAAAACCAAACGCUCGAUCAAUCGCGACAAGUACUCCGGUGCACAGGAAGAACAAUACGAGAUUGAAAUGGUAUCCCCAAAGCAAAACCUAAUGUCGCUCUCCUCCAUGACAACGUCCGUGCAGAGUGUUAACGGCCCCAGUCCACAGGCUAGCGACAAGUACGAUCCGUUUCUGUCCGCCAAACGUCAGCUGGAGGAGCUCUGCUCACCCAACACACCACCCGACAACGAACCACUGGUGAACACAACAGCCACACCGAUCAUGUCCACAUCGCUGACGAGCACACUGGGCAAACUACACACGACCACACCCACCGCUACAAGCACAGCGCCAAAGGCGACGCCCAUAUCGAACUUUCGACGCACUUCAUCGCUGCGUGGACCACGUCGCACACCACUGCUGCCUAGUCGACCGCUCUUUGCCAGCAACUAUCGGCCCACCAUACAGCGCGGCCUCUCCGACGAGGGUCCCAUCUCUAGCAACUUCCUCAAGCCGGAGGAGUAUGACGAGAUGCCAGUGCGUGCCGCUUGCGGCAAUGAUUUUCAUAGUCCGCGGGUCGUGCGUCGCGACACGAGCGCCUCCAACCGCAAGCAGCAAAUGAAACUGCCGCUGGGUGGCGGCGGCGAGACGGACAGCACGACCACGUCCAAGCAACCGACGACACGCAACGUGGCCAAGACCGACUCGCUGGCCGUAUUCCUCAAGUACGAGCACGAGCUGGAGCAGCUGAAUGCGAAGGCUGCCGAGGUGGCAGCCAACAGCAAAGAGCUCAGCAGCAAGGAGCUGAAGGACAAGAGCAACAACCUUAGCAAGCAGAACUCGGCCAAGAAUCUAACGGCAAACCCAAACGGCGGUCAGCUACCACCGCUGACGACGCCCAUCUGCCCGCCAGUCGCCAAGGAAAACAACGAGAAUGUGGCACACAACUUUGCAACGCCGCUGCGCCUAGAACCGCUCAGCAAGCCACCCCAAAACUUGGUCUCGCCAAACACCAACAACAACAGCAACAACAACAACAGUGGCAAUGCUGCACCAUUACCCAUCAAGCUGGAGAGCAUCUUUGGCAGCAAUCGCUUGGGCGAUUACAUAGACCCCAAGCUGAUCAAUCCCUGCGAUAAUCUAAAUGUGCAGCAAUCAUCGGCCGGCUCUUCUGAUGCCAGCUCCACGCCACAGCAGCUGUCACAGAGCCGCAGCAGCUCCCAGUCAACCAUAACAAUGGCCCAGGAGCAGCGGCGUCAUUCCGGCGAGGCGCGUAAUCUGCUCAAGCGCAAGAUGCGUCUCGGGCGCAAUCAAUUUCUAUACGAUGCCUCGCCAGAGGAGCAGUACAUCUCAUCGGGCAGCUGUGCCGAUGAUGAGGCCAACCGCUCCUCGCUGGAGUUCGACGAGCAGUGCUGGCAGCAACAGCAGAAACAGCUGCUGACCACCAAUCCAUUGAAUUUACCCAAUAUGCCAGUGCUGCCCACGUUUGAUGACUUUGAUUUCGAGGAAUUUCUCUCAUCAUUCGAGAACGAUAAUGAUGAGGAGCAAUUUCCGCUGUUUCGGGAUUGCCGCGAGUUUCUGCUGAAUCGCACGACGAGCCGGCAACGCUCGUUCCAGAAAGCGACUUCAACAUCACAGACACAAUCCCAGACCCAGAACCAGACCCAGACCCAGACCCAACCACAGACGCCAACAGUCACACAAAGACCAGCCACAACAGGCAACACCUCCCAAUUUAUAACACCGCCUAAAACCCAUUUUUAUGCGCCCUCCACUAAAGAGACUCAUGCCCACAGAUCCGAUUCAAAUGUGUCCAGUAGCGGUGGUUCAUACAAAUCGCCACAGGCCAGCUGUGGCUCCUACAAGACAACACCAAAUAGCAGUGGAUCCUACAAAACACCACCGAAUAGCAAUAGCUCAUAUAAGACGCCGUUGACCAGCAGUGAUGAGAAACUGCAGCGCCAGCAGUCGAAUGCCUCCACCAGCAGCAGCACCAACAAUUGCCAUGUGGAGAAGUCACAGAAGUCGUUGGAGUCGGAGUCGCAAAAGCGUGAAAUUUUUAUAAGCAUUGAAACGGAACCGAAUGCACAGGGGCGUUCGCCCAUCUCGCCGGAUUCGCUGCGCCAUAUGGUGGGCAAUGCUCAGACACCCAUCGAUGUGCUCCACAUUGAGAACGGCAACGAGCCGGAGCAUGCCAAGUUCAGCAAGAUUAGCGAUAACGAGGACCAGGUCGAUGCUGAGCUCGCUGAUGAGACUGGCCACAGUCGUUAUAAGAAAAGGCUGAGCUCAACGGCGAGCGCAGCAGCGAUCUCGCCAGCGCCCAAUGUGGAGGCCAAUAAUGCCAAGAAUGUGAUAGAGAAAAUGCGCAACGAUUUCAAGCAACUGGGCGAGGAGGUGGGCGCCUCGGUGCGUCGUGAUAUCAUGCAGCGUCAGGAACAUGCCCAACAGAAGCAGCAAAUGCAAGCACAACAGGAUCUAAAGGUAAUGACACCAUCGCCAUCCGGUGAUUCGGAUGAGCUGAGUAGCCUGGAUGGAUAUCCCAUGUCCUCAUCGCAGUCAUCACGUCGCGGCGCCAGUUCCAAGCUCAGCAACGACUCCGCUUACGGCAGCAGCAACUCACCAUAUAGUCUGUCCCGUCAACGCUCCAGCGAGCUGCAGUCCAACGACAACACGCCGCGCACCCAGAGCCAAUUGCGCCCGCACACGGCCAGUGGAGCCUUGUCCAUGUCCGGCAAACAGUCCAUGAUGGAUGCCUCAACUCAAGCGGCAAGCAACUAUGGCACACUUAAGGCUCGACAGCGCAUGUUUGCAGGCAACGGCCUGGGCGGCGACACUGGCGAUGGCAACGUUGAAUACUCCAGCAGCAGCUCGGAGCACUCGCUGCCCGUGACAGUGGCCCAGCAACCACAACAGCAGCAGCAGCAAAACACAAACUACAACUACCAGCAGCAGCAGCAGCAGCAGCAACAUCAGCAGCAAUCUCAAGCGCAGGUAGCCUACAAUAACAACAGCAACAACAACAACAACAACAAUAGCUAUGAGCUUAACGCAAAGAAUUUAAACAACAACAACAAUAAUGGUGUGAGUGUUAACUUAACGCCUACAACAUCGCAGCUUUCGCUGCAUAGCAACACCUCAAACGUUUCCUCGGGCAUGAGCUCGAGCAUGAAAAUGUCCAAGUUCUGUCACGAAUGUGGCGCCAAGUUCGUCAUAGAGCACGCUAAAUUUUGCAUGGAUUGCGGCGUUCGACGCGUUGUGCUCUAAGCUCAAGGAACUAUUAUUUGUAGUUGUAGUUGUCGCACACACACACACGCAGAGACACACACGAACACAAGCACACACACACACACACUCACACAGUAAUGAGCUGCGGCGGUGGAACUAACCUGUUGGCUGGCUUGGCAGAAACGGGUUGUGAGAAAGAAGGAGGUUCUUAUACCAAAUGUAGUUAUUACAUGCAAACAAUUUUUGAGAGAUCGUUGAUAUAUGUAUACCCUAAAUGCAAUAUGCUACUUAAAUAUAUUUUAAUAAUAAUAAUAAUCAAAAAAACGUAAAGGUUUGAAAUCGAACAAAAACAUAUGCAAUAUAAUAAUAAUCAUAAA